AGCCCAUACAGCGCACACAUACAAAUGCGGAGGACUGACUGCAAGGACUGACUGUUAUCAUUUAAAAGUGUUUUUCUUUCCCUUCAGAUCUUUCCAAGACUACGGCCAAAAUGCUCCUUUUGUUGUUGGGAAUCAUUGUGCUUCAUGUUGCAGUACUGGUGCUGCUUUUUGUUUCAACAAUUGUUAGCCAAUGGCUUGUUGGUAAUGGGCACACGGCAGACCUGUGGCAGAACUGCAGCUCUCUCCACGUCCCAAGUGCCUUUCAGUGCCAAACGUCAUCCACAAACGAAUGGCUGCAGUCUGUCCAGGCGAUGAUGAUCCUCUCCAUUAUCUUCAGCGUGCUGUCCUUGUUCCUGUUCUUUUGCCAGCUGUUUACACUCACCAAGGGAGGACGGUUUUACAUUACUGGAAUCUUCCAGAUCCUUGCCGGGCUAUGUGUGAUGAGUGGUGCAGCCAUCUUCACAGUGAGAUACACGGAGUGGCAGAUACCCUCAGAUGACAUCUCCUUCGGCUUUGCCUACAUCCUGGCUUGGGUGGCCUUCCCGUUGGCUGCCAUCAGCGGAGUGAUCUACAUCAUCUUAAGGAAGCGCGAAUAAUGAAGCUCGAGGCGAGGUGGCCGAGACAGGGGCACUCGUGACAUCCAUGGAGGGGAUAGAGGCGGGGAAAAAUAGACGAGAAAACAGAAAAAAAAAUUAACCAAAAAAGAAAACCCGAGGAAACCCCCCCCCCAACAAAAAACAAAAACAAAAAAACAAAAGAAAUAAACAAAUGGUUACUUGUUAAUUGAAGAUGUAUAUAGUAUCUAUGGUUUAAAAAACCUAUUUAUAACACUUUUUACAUAUAUGUACAUAGUAUUGUUUGCUUUUGUUGACCAUGCGCUAUGUUUUAAAGCCUAAAGAAAGUGCCUAAGGAACUAUUACUCUAACAGUAUAACAAGAGCGCAGUAUUUUUCUUUCCUGUUUUUGUUUUGCCCUGAGGUGAAAUGAACCCCUCUUUGAAAGCCUUCCUGUGACCCACCCCUGCCAACCCCAAGCCCAAAUCUGCCCAUCAAAGGAAUGCCCACCCAGACUAGGUCCUCAGCUGAUGUGCUCCUCCCCUGACUUGAAUGGAGCAGUGCCAGUUUAUACCAGCAGAGGAUUCAUUCCCCCCACCAAGUGCUGUGAUCCUGUUAACUGAAGUGCAUGUAUAAAUCCCAGGGGGAUGUUUUCAGGAAUGCCUAAAGGAUUUAGGAGCAAAGGGCCAACUUUUGAACAAUGCCUAAAAGACUUAGGAGCCCAGUCCCCAUUGUCUUGCCCACCACACCCAGUUGGGGACUCGGGUUUCUGAAUCACUUUGGUGCUUAUGAAAAUUUGACCCACAAGUUCGAUGGAAAACCAGUGUAACUUGUGUUCCUUAACACCCGUGGCUUGUUCUGAAAACCUCCCCUUAGAAUGGCAUGCUUUCUUGUUUGUGGCCUUGUGUACAAAGUGAACUCCCACAUACCCACUUACAACCAAAGCAUCUGGGAAUCGUAGCUUAUGACCUUGAAAUGUACUUUAUCCUUGCCAUGUAGAUACACUAAAGAUGAGAGAGAAACAAAAACAGUAUAUCUAUGAAAUAAAAUACCAAAUAUGUGAAAUGGUGCUAUCUAUUUACCAUUCCUUAUAUCGCUAGCCAUUUAACCUUACUCACUGGAAAUUCAAUUAACAGUUUUAUGAGAUAAACAGCAAAGAUAGACAUGAUAAAUAAUUCUGUGUAAUAUAAAUGAUCUAUAACUGCUUUUGUACUUAGACAAGUUGCUUUUAUUAUUAUUUUUUAAUAAAGCUUUUAUAACCAAGGUUUUUUCCACCCCCCACCCCACUUCUUCCCUUCCUGGUCAGAAACAAAACUCUGGAUGGAACUUGUAGGUUGUUAGCCUCCAGAGACGAGCUUCUGUAAACGUCUCUGUGUUUCAAAGGUGUGUCUGGCAAUGAAUUGUAUUGGCAACCUACUGUAGACUCAUAUCGGGUGCCUUCUGAUGCUAAGACUCCAGACAUUAUGUUGUUAUUUUUCUUUCUUUUUUUUUUUUUUGGCUUUGCUUUCCUGAUUUUAUACCAACUGUGGGGACUAAGACGCAAUGAAAUAAAAGUCAGAAUAACUCAA